GGCUGGUUGUCCAGCAGAUACCCACCUCUAUAUUAUUAAACCAUCACUCGACCCGCGACUCGCGAGUGCCGCCGUCGGAAAGAACUAUCAUAAUAUAGCAUACAGUCAUUCGGUGAUUGGGUAUUUUUCGAUCGAGAGGGAGCCCGCCGUAGCACCACGCCACCACCUGUAUAUGCCUACCUCCUAAAUAUCUAUGGUUUUUUACGAACCCGUACCUACGAGAAAACGCCGUGACUAAUGUAGGUCCACUGCCUGACGACGGCGGACACAUGGACCGAUGACCUUAUACGUUUUGUAUUGAGUAGGCAUCCAACCGUUUAUAAUACUAUUAGGUAUACCAGCUACAUAAGACGGUGUUGUUGCGACUCGUGUACCGAAAGACGCGUGUUACUAAUAUUUUCUGAUAUAAUAUUAUUAUUUUAUUGAACUGUAUAUAGAAGGUCUAACACGAUGCUCGGUGCGACGUUGUUCGAAACGUGUAGAAAUAAAAUUUCGGUUACUGUUGUAGUAUUAUUGUCGUUUGGCGUUUUCGUCGGCGGUCAAAGUCUGGGAAAAUGUCCGAAAAAAGAGACUAUGAAGACAUUCAACCCUAAGGAGUUUGAAGGACAGUGGUACGAAGUGGAGAAAACGUUUUACAUGAUGGAAAUGACUGCUAGUUGCACAUCUUUCAAUUUUACUUUAAAUCCCGAUGGAACAUCUUACAAAGUACACAUUGGAACCAAAAAUAGAUUGACAGGAAAUCCGAACAUAUUUUCCGGAAUGGCGACCCUUGUAUCGAAAAACAAAUCCGUACUCAACUACCAAGCCGAAAGUCGACUACCAGGUUUGUUUUCGCGUAUGAUUCCCACCACCGGUAUGUAUUACAUCAUGUACUCGGAUUACCAUAACUAUACUGUCCUAUGGUCGUGUACGAGUUUUGGUCUUUUCCACACAGAUAUUAUUUGGGUGUUGGGAAGAGAACGAGAUCUCACGGCGGCAUCCCGGGCUGAACUUUACAACUUAUUGUACGAACUGAACAUUAAUCCUGAUCGACUAAUAUUAUCUAAGCACGAGAAAUGUGAAGAAUUUUUUUGAUUUAAAUUUCAAAUGAAACGCAGACGUCGUUUUAAAUCGAAAUAAAUGUGCUAGUCAAUACAGUAAGCCAAAUUUGAAUAAUUUGUACCUAUGCUUGAUUAGAUAUAGGUACAUAAUACAAUGCAACAUGCCAACAUUAUAUUAU